UCUAUCGUAGUGCUUCGUAGAAUUAUCCAAGACGAUGAUGAAAAAAAUGUGGGCUUGGAUGUUGCUAACAUUAUUGACCUCCGUUGGCCAAUGGUAUGGUCAUUGCCACGGGUGUCUGGAGGAAGAGAGAAUUGGUCUCUUAGAGAUCAAAGCUUUGAUCGAUCCAAACAACGUUCAAUGGCAAUUGAGCGACUGGAUGGUCAAUCAAGAGGAUAUUGCUGAUUGUUGUGGGUGGGAUGGGAUCGAGUGUGACAACACUACAAGACGAGUGAUCCAACUCUCUCUUGGGGGUGCAAGGGAUCAGAGUUUGGGCGAUUGGGUUCUCAACGCGUCUUUGUUUCUGCCUUUUAAAGAAUUGCAAAGUCUUGAUUUGAAGGCUAAUGAAUUAGUUGGGUGCUUUGAGAAUCAAGGCUUCGAAGUCCUAUCAUCAAAACUGACGAAACUGAAUGUCCUUGACCUAAGCUUCAAUCUAUUUAAUGAUGACAGUAUUUUAUCAUGUUUGACUGGGCUUUUAUCUCUCAAGUCUUUGGAUUUAUCAGCCAAUCGGUUGAAAGGAUCAAGAGGCUUCAAUGGUUUUGAAGUCUUGUCAUCAAGGUUGAAGAAACUGGAGAACCUGCACCUAAGCGGGAAUCAAUACAACGAUAGCAUUUUUUCUUCUUUAACUGGGUUUUCAUCUCUCAAAUCUUUAGAUCUAUCAGAGAAUCAGUUGACAGGAUCUACUGGUGCCAAUACUUUUCAAUUCCAACCGAUGUGGCUGAGGAAACUAGAGAACCUUGACCUGAGUUUCAAUAAAUUGAACGACAACGUCUUAUCAAUUCUAAGUGGGCUUUCAUCCCUCAAGUCUUUGGAUCUCUCAUAUAAUAAGUUGAUUGGAUCAAGUAUCAAUGGUUUGGAGAUCCUAUCAUCACAGUUGAGGAAACUAGAGAACCUUGACCUAAGCUAUAAUAAGUUAAACGACAGCAUUUUAUCAAAUCUAUGUGGAUUUCCUUCUCUUAAGUCUUUAAAUCUAUCAGGCAAUAUCUUGUUAAGAUCAACGGCUAUCAAUGGCUUAAGGAAGCUGGAAGUCCUUGGUCUAGACAAACUCACCAUCAUCGGAAGUUUUUUACUUCAGUCAUUGGGAGCAUUGCCAUCCCUAAAGACCCUUUCUCUUCAGGAAACUAAUUUAAGCAGGACAUCAAUAAGUCAAGGGACUUUCUUCAAUUCGACCAUACUUGAAGAAUUGUAUCUAGAUCAUACUGCUCUCCCAAUAAACUUUCUACAGAAUAUUGGACCAUUGCCUGCUCUUAAGGUUUUAUCUGUUGGUGAAUGUGACCUCCAUGGCACCCUACUUGCUCAAGGUUGUUGUGAAUUGAAGAAUCUGGAGCAGUUAGAUCUAUCUGGAAAUAAUCUAGAGGGUUCACUCCCAGAUUGUUUAAAAAACUUGUCAUCUUUAAAACUAUUAGAUGUCUCUGGAAACCAAUUUACUGGAAAUUUUACCUCGGGUCCUCUUACCAAUAUCAUAUCCCUUGAAUUCCUCUCACUAUCAAAUAACCACUUUGAAGUUCCCAUUUCAAUGAAGCCUUUUAUGAACCACUCAAGCCUCAAGUUCUUCUCCAGUGACAACAACAUACUAGUAACGGAACCUACUGCCUUUCAUAAUCUUAUUCCAAAGUUCCAACUAGUCUAUUUCAGCUUGUCAAAUAGUUCAACAUCAGAAGCACUCAAUUUAGAAAUUUUCAGCUUCCUCUAUAACCAAUACAACUUAAGAUUCCUUGAUCUCUCCCACAUCAACUUCAGUGGAAUGUUCCCAUCGUGGUUGCUUAAGAACAAUACAAGAUUGGAGCAACUAUUUCUAAGUGAGAACUCUUUUGUUGGUACUUUGCAAUUGCAAGAUCACCCAAAUCCGCAUAUGACCAUAUUAGAUAUAUCAAACAACAAUAUGCGCGGUCAAUUUCCAAAACAUAUUUGUUUGAUGUUUCCAAAUUUGGUUACUUUAAGGAUGGCUAAAAAUGGAAUCACUGGUUGUAUUCCUUCUUGUUUAGGAAAUAUUAGCUCUCUCAGAGAUUUAGAUUUAUCCAGCAAUCAAUUGUCUACAGUAAAACUAGAACAGUUUACAACAUUAACUUUUCUUGACCUGUCAAAAAAUAAUUUGGGUGGGCAAUUACCUGUCUCAGUGGUCAAUUCUACUACACUGAAUUAUCUCUGCCUAAGCGGUAAUAAGUUUUGGGGUCAGAUAACAGAUUUUCCAUCAUUGUUAAAGAAAAAGUGGGCUGCAUUGGGUUUGAGUAACAAUCAAUUUUCAGGCAUGCUUCCUAGGUGGUUUGUUAAUUCCACGCAACUCCGCACACUUGAUUUGUCCAAAAACCAUUUUAAGGGUCCAAUUCCAAUAGACUUUUGUAAGCUUGACGGUCUUAAAUAUUUGGACCUUUCUGAGAACAAGUUGUUUGGUUCUAUACCAUCUUGUUUCAAUCCACCAAAUAUAACCCAUGUGCAUCUAUCCAAAAAUAGAUUGAGCGGUCCAUUAACAUAUGGAUUUCAUAACAGCUCUUCUCUAGUUACAUUGGAUCUCCGAGAUAACAACUUCACCAGCACCAUUCCAAAUUGGUUUGGCAAUCUUUCGACAUUGAAUGUUCUUCUUCUGAGGGCUAAUCACUUUGACGGUGAGUUCCCUGUUCAGUUAUGCUUUUUAGAACAAUUAAGCAUUUUGGAUGUUUCACAAAAUCAGCUCUCUGGUCCAUUACCUUCCUGUUUGGGCAAUCUUACUUUCAAGGAAAGUUCCAAGAAAGCCUUAGUGUAUCUCGGAAUUGUUUUUUCAUCAAGAUCCAUAAGAAAAGCUUAUUAUGAAACCAUGGGUCCACCACUAGUGGAGAGUAUCUACAACUUGGAUAGCAGUUAUUUACCCAUCACUAUAGAAGAGGUGAUAGAAUUUGCAACUAAAAGUAUGUAUUAUAGUUACAAGGGAAAAAUUCUUAGUUUCAUGUCUGGCAUUGAUCUAUCCAAUAACAAUUUCUUCGGAGCAAUACCACCUAAACUGGGAAACUUAAGUGAGGUACAUUCAUUAAACUUGUCACACAACUAUCUCACUGGAUCUAUCCCUGCAACAUUCUCAAACUUAAAGCAGAUAGAGAGCUUGGAUCUUUCUUACAACAACUUGAAUGGUGUCAUCCCUCCACAACUCACUGUACUCAACACUCUAGAAGUUUUCAGUGUGGCACACAAUAACUUGUCAGGUGAAACUCCAGAGAGGAAAUAUCAGUUUGGGACCUUUGAUGAAAGCAGUUAUGAAGGUAAUCCUUUCUUGUGUGGACCUCCAUUGCGAAACAAUUGUAGUGAAGAAGAAUCACCAUUGCAGCCAAUGCUUAAUGAUGAACAAGAAGAUGAUGGUUUCAUAGACAUGGAUUUUUUCUACAUCAGUUUCGUUGUAUGUUACAUAAUUGUGAUGAUGACAAUUUCAGCAGUUCUCUACAUCAAUCCAUAUUGGCGACAUAGGUGGUUUUACUUCAUCGAAGACUGCAUAGAUACUUGCUACUAUUUUGUGUUGUCUAGUUUUUGUAAGUUCUCUAACUUCAGAAGGUGAUUGGGUCUAUUAUACUUAGUGAAUUUGUAUUGAAUGUUGUUGGGGAGUGAGUUGUUCACUUACUUAUGUCUAGCUAUUGGAAAGAUUUGUAGUGUAUGGUCACUCAGCUCAGCCUUAUGGUUAAGUUGAUUUACUUAUGGGCUCCUGAGUUUUGUUUUGCUAUACUUUUUGUAGUUUAUUGUUUUGCACCUUGAUUUGGUAUGUGGAAUCUAGCUCUGUGGAAUAUAAUUUGUGCCAAGUUCUAUAA